UGAAAAGAAAAGAAUGCCUGUUUUGUACAUUUUUGGUAUUUUAUGCAGUAUCUAUCCUACAGCUAUGUCUUCCACUGGACUAUCAUGUCUCGAAAGUCUUCCUACGGUAUCCUAUGUGCUCAAGUGUCCUUCAAACGAAACUGAUUGGAGAUUGGCCGCAAAAAAGAAAGGCUGCCAUAAUCUUUCAAAAGUACAGAACUGCACUUCGGCUGAAAAAUUUGUCUAUCACUGUGUUUUGAACAAGGAGGCCACAAUGCUCUUGGAAGUUUGUGCUCCUGUGUGGUAUAUGUCAGGGUACUGUGCAAGAUUCAGUACAGAAGACCAGAGAAUUGUAAAUGAGCCAGGAUUAGAUUGUACACAGUUUGUUCAAUCAUGUCCUUCCAGAUUCAUGUCAAACGAAUCUUAUAAAUAUCAGUCGUGUUACAGAAGUAUAGAAGAUAAAAAGGAGGUACUUAACUCAGUGCAUUGCAAAAAGAAUGACUACAGUAUCAUUGUUGUCUUUUUGGUGGUUGCAAUUAUUGCUGUAGUUUUCUUACUAUUAUUUAUUUUGUAUGACAAGAAAUGGAAACGAUGUAGAAAUCCGAAGGUAAUUAGAGGAAAUGAAGAAAGCGAGAUUUCCGAAAAAUUAAUGAACUACUCAGGAGAAGAAAAAGAAGAUGUCGAGAAAAAUAGUCAGAAAAAUGAAGAAAAAGACAAGGAUAUGGUAAAGAGUUAUGAUGAAACUAAAGAAACCGUUGAAGAUGACAGAAAUGAAGAUGAUAAAAUUAAUGAUGAUGAAAAUGGUGUGGAUAGCAUAACGAUUGAACGCCCAGAAAUCUCAAGAGAUGAUGACGAAGAGAUAAUGAAAUUUGAAACUAUGACUGGUAAAACAGGAACGUGUUCUGUGAAAAGUGUCAAAGAUAUAUCUAUGCUGAGAGAGAAAUUGUCUGAAAAGCUACAAUUCCCAAAGGAGAUUAUCUGGGUUGUGGUUAAGGAGGAUGGAAUAAUUUAUAAUGACGAGACUGGAUUUGAAAAUCUGAAGAAGCAUCAAGAUAUCAUACAGGUAGUGAUAGGAAAUAACAAGAGAAUUGUACACGAUGCAUGCCAUGAUUCAAGCGUUGAAACUGACAUCAUAUCCAACAAACCGGUAACGACUAGGAAAUGUAAAAUGAGGUGUAAUCAUUUCACAGCUCCGGAAACCCUCUUUGAUUAUACGAAAGAUGCGCUUACGAAAGGAGAAGCUGCUGUAUUAUGUCCAAAGUGUAACGAAAAGUGGGAAAUGACAGAACUCAUUCAAAAAUGCGAUAUGUCAAUGGAUGAAAAACUAUUUCUUGAACACCAAAUGUCGCUGAAUUUGAUGACUAAAAUGCAAUUUCAAACAUCGGUGCGGCUGAACAAAAGUAAACCUGACUUCUCUUAGUUUACAGACAAUACAAAGCAUAUUAAUCUCGCUGUACAUUGUGAUACUCUGGACAAAAUUUUCUGGCGAUUGUGUAUAAUAUUUUAAAGUGAUCACGUA